AUGGAGAAAGCAUCUCGGGGGGAGCUUCUGGAAACAAUAAAUGCACAGAAAGAGCAGCUGAAACAGUACAAAGCUAAACUGAGAGAUGUUGUGGCAGCUUACAAGAGUGUCAUUAAGGAGAAGGAAGCCCUUGAGGCCAGUUUGGCUGCCUUGAAUUCAGGUAGUAGUCAUGGUAACAUAGAUGAGAGAGAGACUGGAAACUGUGAACACUCUUCAGUGGAAGGAGGUAGCAAAGUCGAUGAAGAAGAUCCUCUUGGAAUAAAUAAACAGGAAGGGAAAGAUGAAGUCAGGGCUUUGAAGGAACAAGUGAAAACCCUCAGCUCCUCACUGACAACUUUAACACAGGAGAAGAAUAAGAUUGAGGCCAACUUUAUUGCAGAGAGGAAACGUCUAAGGCAUGAACAUGAAGAGCUGCUGGCCCAAGUUGCUGAUGAGAAAAACCGGGCUCUGAAACGAGUUGAGGGAUUUGAACUCCAGAUCUCGGAUUUGAAGAGUCGCAUCCGAACCCUGCAGCUAGAGAGAGAGAGGGAACAGACAGACCAUGCUCUGAUGCUGAGAGAGCUGCAGAUGCUGCUGGCCAAGGAGAGGAGCAGUAGGGAGGCAGUUGAAGCUGAGCUGGAAGAAUCCCAGCAUGCUCUUAGAGAAAGCCAGCAGAAGUCACAUGAUGAGCCGGUUGUCUCCGAAGUCUACGAGCGGCAGAUUCAGCAGCUGCAGAAAGAGCUGGUCACUGUCCGAGAUCGACUGAAGGCAGCAGAGAAUAAAGCUAAUCAGCCAUCACCAUUUGUUCUUGAGCUUCAGAAGGAAAUGACUAAUAUGAAGACUGACUACCAGUUGCAAGUAGAAAAGGAGCAGAGGAAAGCUGCUGAGGCUGAAAGCCGACUUGGAGUCCAGGCCAAGCAGAGCGAGGAGCGAGUGUCCAGUCUGGAGGCCAAACUCUCAGAGUUAUCUGUUGUGGUCGGCAACUAUGAACGACUGAGAUUUCAGGAUCAGCAGGCAAUCAAUAAAUUACGUGAGCGAGUAACCCAGCUAGACAUGGAAAACACAGCACUGUCCCGAGCUGCCAGUUUGGCUCCAGAGAAGUCACAGAAUGAGGAGGAUAGUCUGGAAGUAGAGCAGCUGUUGGACAAGAUCAUGCAUUUUCGAAGUCUUUUGAAGGCAGCGUCGGAGAAGUCUGAGAAACCUGUCAAUCUGUCCAGCAUAUUUGUGGAGGACAUGAACAAAGCAGAUGAGGAGUCACCUGUCUGCAAGCAGUACAAGGAGGAGUUGGAACAGCUGAAGGAGGAGUUUGAGAGGUACAAGCUGCGAGCCCAGUCUGUCCUCAAGAAUAAGAACAAGGAUGGUGGAACCUCCAGAGAAAGUGAAAUCCUGAAAGGACAAGUUGCAGAUCUGCGGGAUAAAUUGCGCAUGGCCAACUUCCAUCAUCAGGAAGAGAUUUCAGAAUUUCAAGCCAAAGUGGAUAAUCUGAGCAAAGCCCUUCUGGCACAGGAAGAGAAGUUCAAACAGGAAAUUGCAUGUGUGAAGUCUGGCCACCAAAAAGAAAUUAAUGAGCUGGAAGUGGAAUUUAAAAAACAGAGGGACAGAACGGUGGCCAUGCUGGCAGAAAAGGACGCAGAGAUUCAGAAGUUGAAGACUGUGGCAGAUCAUAAUGUGGAACCUGAUAUCUUCCGACACUGGGGGCAAGAGUCAGUUGAUAGGUUUGUUGAGGAAGGAGCCGAUAGAAGUUGUUCUCAGGAAGAGUUGGAGGCUGUGAAUAAACUGUUAGAACUUCCCAAAGGUGUUCAGAAUGAGGCUGCAUUCAUACACUUUGCUGAAGAACGGGGUCGGUUGAAAGUGGAUAUUUUGACGCUGAGAAAGCAGAAGCGGCAGUUAGAGACUGCUCUGAGAGAUCUGCAGUUGUCUGCGAGUCAGAAGGAGGAGAAGCUGCGGGAUGAAGUCAAUGCUCUUACUGAGCAACUUGCUGAUAUUGAGAGACAUUCGAUGAGGGAGGGAGCAAAUCUGGAAUACCUGAAGAAUGUGCUUCUUAAAUUUCUGACUUCCGUGGAUUCUUUGGCCAAGCAGAAAAUGCUGAAAGCUCUGAUGACAAUAUUACAAUUCAGCCCUCAGGAGAAGGAGUUGGUGAGACAGGCACAGGCUAGAGGCUGGUGGCCUACUUAA